UACUUUUCCUCGUAUGACACCAAGUGAUUAGUAGGCCUUUCACUGAUUUUUUUGCUCUCCAAUUCACUACCCUUCUAUACGAUAUUAGUCACUUAUUGUAGAAAACGAAUACAAACGGAUACUGCUUCAGCAUGAGCAGGACACAUUCAGACGAAACAGAUUUACCAAGAUCAGCAUCAGAACCAAAUCUGAGGGGAGGAGGAGGAGUAGGUGCAGAUCCUACUAAAGAACGUAGCGAGCAAGUUGAAAAAGCAUGGGCAGAAAUUUUCAAAAAGUACAGUGUAAAACGAGCAAACGAAACUGAAGAGCAGAAGAGACUUCUUAUUGAUGAGCAAGCCGCUAGGGAUACCUUGUCAAAAUCCGAGCUUGCUCUAUUCAAAGUCCUGAAGGACAAGUUCCCUGACAUAAGUUUCACGUUCGCUGAUAUAAUCAAGAGCCACAUGCUUCUGGACAACUUAUAUUUUCUUCUUACUGAACAGCGUGUAAAGGUGGAUGUGCCAACUGAUAAAGCACGAGAUAGAGCCUGGGUAGAAGCCUUACGCCCCUGGACUGGUCCAGAAAAGGCACGUGACGACCUUGUAAGGAACGAGUUCCAAGUGACAUUUGUAGACCUCUUCGAACCCAAAGGUGCUUCCAUCUUCCCAAGUUCAUCAAUGGCAAGUGAUGCCAAACUGAGCGUCAAAGUUGUCAAGGACCUUAAGCUUAAAGGCCCUCUGCCAGAAUCAGUUGAUGCUCCUGUAUCUCCUUCUUCGACCACGGGAUCUUCGGCAAGCUCAACUUCAAGUGUGGACACCGUAUCUGGGUCAAUGAUGGAGACUUCCGUACAAAAAAAGCAGGAAAUACCCGAAUUAGCAAAGGAUCGUUCUCAAGAAAGUAUAAGAGCAGCCCGACCAGGUGAAAGUCAAGGUUCCAGUACGGAAUCGGCAAGCUUGAAAGAGCCUUCUUCCGGAGGCGUUCCGAAGACUUACAAAACCCGUUUCUACGGUAAACAAGAUAUUAAGGGUAUUCCAAGGGAAAUUAAGGAUAUUAAGCCUGACACUUUGGGUGGUCUAAAGGGAACAAAAGAAGGUAAAGUUGCAAAGGAUAAGGAUCGUCCCGGGAAAGUCGUCGAUGAACGCGUUUCAAGCGGCAAGGUGUCGGUUGUAGCAGAUGCAAGACUGAAUACUCAUACAGGGCCGAGGAAGCAGGAGCUUGCGGGCCGCACGGCCGGACAGCCGAAAGAGGCCGACAAGUCUACCGCGACUGGUCGAAGGGUCAAAGCUCCUGAGCCGUCAUUCAUAUCCAGUAGCCUAAAAAGAUCGAGCAGUUUAAAGACGCCAGAGACGUGGGAGAUAGAUAAAUUAAAAGAGCCACAGCAAACUUAUAGACCGAACAAACAAAAACUGGACAGCGCUGGAAAGCAAGGUAAAGAUAAGCCCGACAACGCAGGUAAGGCAUGUAAACAGGGUAAAGGCAAACCAAAUCGUAGCGAUAACGCGGGUAAAGAAACGUCUAAUCAUUCAGACAGAGCAAGUGUUUCUACUAGCUCAAAUAAGUCGCAGUCGAAGACAUCAGACGGAGCUGAAAAAGCAAAUAAAGAUAAACCAGAUCGAGUCGACAAACAACCGAAGAAUAAACUUAGUACCUUGGAUGAGCUGGAAAGCUCUAAAUGCUCGGAUACGUCCGAAAAGUCAACCCAAACUACUAAACCGAAGAAACUAGGCCAAACCGGUAAACUUGGUGAAAAGUCUGGCUCUUUUGGUAGCUUGAAAAAUUAUUUAGGUACGUCCAAGACACCCAUCGGUAAAAUGGCCAAGAAUACGUCGGGUCGACCCAAAAUAAAAGACAGAUCAGAAACGCCUAGCAGCAGCUUUGAUAUGUCAGAAUCACCGAAUACGGUUGAUACUUUAGAUAAGCAAAAGGGUAGCCGACCCAGUAAGACACACCAGGAGACAGCUAAUCUUUCGGCCGACAACCCUCUCAAAAAUAAACCACAUAAAACCAUCAAAAUCGCAAAGCUUGGCAGUUCAGAUGAAGCAGAGUUGCCAUCCAGUUCCGAAAAGUCGCGACUGUAUAUUAGCUCGAGCAUCACAAACCACGAUGCAAAAAAAGGUCGGGUCCAUAAGCCGAUAGGAAGGCAUGACGAUGGAGGAAAAGUGAAAGAGAUAGGUAAACGUGAGAACGAAAAGCUGGAUUUAACUGGCGAGGAGAAAACCGCAAGAUCUGAUGAAAACGGUAAACCGACUAAGUUACACAGAUUUGCUUUAUCUACAAGCUCGGAAACCUUAGAACCCACAAGCACGUCCGACGUAUGUAAAAUGCGAAGGUCAGACCGCGAUCGUAAUUAUCGUAAAUCCUUCCUAUCCAGCAGAGAAGAUGGAGACGAGAAAUCGAGGCAAAGGAAGAGAAAAAAUGAAAAGAUGUUCAAGGUCGACAAUCAUCGUACCCCGAUCCAGUAUAUUGAUGUCGGAAGAGUAGAAACCACAAAACCAAAACGGCAUAACCGGAAACUUGGAAGACCUCCCACUUAUCACAAGUAUACCACGAAGCCACCGCGUUCCUAUACUAUGUCACCGUUAGUACAUCACCCUUCGUACAAUCUAAAAGAAGACAGUCUAUCACCGCCUCGAACUGGUCGCCAACGGGGUAAAGUAGGUCAACCGAAAGGAGCCGGAAUUUCACAAAGCGGCCAGUCUGCAGAAUCAGAAAAGCCUGCUGCACCUCAGGGCGUACCUUCUUCCUCGCAGCCUAAGCAGGAAGGUGGCGCGGUCCAAAAGACCACAGCUUUGUCGGGAGUCCGCGGCCGUAAAAAGCCUGAUGAUCAGUUCGGUAAAGUCCAUCUGGGAGACUCACAAUUGAAGUCGCGCUCGGGCGCUUCAAGUGACUCAAGCAGUUCAGGCUCUGGUAUUGAUACGCGUUUGACUUCAAUUACGGGUGGAAUCAUAACGUUGUGUGGUGAGUUUAUCGUUCGCUGCUUUUCGAGAGCAAAACCAGUUAUUGAUUCGUGUGCACAGUCAGUGGAUACUAUACUCCUAACAUUGGCAAGAUACCUUCAACAGGAGACCCGGGACAAUCGAAAGCUUAUGCAAAAAGUCGGUACCAUUUCAAAAAGAGCUGGAAAGUCGUCGUCAGACUUGAAGGACAGCCGGGGGAAACACAAGCUUGAAGAUUUGGCUGUUGUUACAGACAAACUUGGGCGAGCAGUUCCUCCUAAAAAACCGACGAGAUCGCCUAGCAAGGAAGGCAACGUAAAGCGCGGUUAUAUUGCUACAGGCAGGAUUCAACAACUUUUGCAGAAGACAACCGAUCGUUCUCGGCCACGAGUUAAACUUCCUGGUCCUUUCCAGUCGAGCUCUAACUCGUCAGGUUCGUUCGGCUCGACUUCAAAGCCGGCGAAAUCGAAAUCGAGCAAAAAAUUCAAAAAACCUGAGAAACAAGCCUCGGAGGUUGCCAAAGGCAAACGUGCAGGUCCAGUGCCCCAGGGCUCUGUCAAAGGCUCACGUAUCAACGACACUGCAAAAAAACCAACUGAACCCAGUUUAACUGGUACACAUAUUCAAGAUGGUAGCCCUGUCCGAGGGCCGAAACCCAAAAGCGUUAUGAUAGAUAAAGGCCUGAAAAUCGGUGUUUCAUCUGAAAAACCCCUGGAAAAGCGACAGGCGCCAGAGUUAGGAAAACAAAUCGAGCCACUUCCAUCCAGGCCAUCAGCAGGAAAAUCACCAGUAGAACCAAAUAGCGGAAAAGGGAAAAAAAUAAAUAAAGGCCUCGCAAACGACACAGCUCUCUCAGUAACUCUCCCUGGUCACGAUAGGGGGUUCAGCCGACCCGGCGACAGCCUUAAGCAGUCGAUAGAGUCACCGCCCGCAACCUCACCCCCAGCUGAAGUGAGGCAUCAAGGAAGUUUUCACGUUCCUGUGGAUCCUACAUCUACCGACCCAAGGAGUACGACAACGUCAUCUCAAGUCCUCGAAGGCAGAUCCAAAACCCGUAAGCUUUCGGAAAGCUCCGGAGGGCCUAUCGGUGAUCACACGAAGAAUCUUUGUUUACAGAUACUUCAGGAACUCAGCCAGAACGGAGGUGAACGAGAAAAGCAUUUACGACCAUUGCUUGAAAAACUGCAGCGCGGGAUCCCACUUAAUUCGGUCGAAAAAGCGGUCAUCAAUAGAUACAUUAACGCGGAGCAGGACAGGAAAAAACAAUUCUCUUUAUUUGAGCAAUUCAAGAAAUCAAGAUCAAGUGCACCUGGGACCGCGCGCGCACGUCGAAGAUACAAGGAAAACUGGUUAAUGGAAUAUAAUUACGGUCACCUCCCGCCAUUCACCGUGUUCAUCUUAUUGCUUGUCGCCAUUAUCUUACAUAUUGUUCGGAUACAGCUUCCCGAAAUCGCCGAUUACUAUUGAGCUUUCUGAGAUUUUUAAGUGGAAAAACCCUCAAAACCGGGCACCCGUUUGAGACGUGCAUUGUCACAAGGCUACGGAAUAUACGUGCUUAAUAUUAUAACACUAUAAUUACUAAUAAAAUCAAAGUAUUCACGCAGAAAGCACCGUUAAAGUCUGGGUCAACUGUUCUCUGAGGAGGAAGAAUGUACACAUAAGAGCAUACAUACAAUCACUGAUUCACAGACGUCUUUAAUUGCCUGAAUGAUUCUUUUAGCAGCAAAACUUACCACUUAUCCUUAUACGAAUCCGUAUGAAUACAGCCGACAGUGACUUAGUAUGAUGGUAAUAUACUGGCCUUUAUUGUUUCUUGAUUAGGUUCUUUUGGAAAAUUACUUAGUCUGACUGUAAGGAUAAUCUUACAAUCGUCUUAAAUGAAAAAAAUAGUUCUGUUCGGAAAGCAAAAGUAAACAUACUCAGGAUAACGCAUAAUCUGAUUAUUACUCACAAAUACAUAAGAGACGAGCGUAGCAUAAUUACUUAAUAAAUUAACUCUUUUAUUUAAAUCCGUGAUAAGAUCGUCUUAGGAUAGCGCUCGUGAACAUGAGAUUUUCGAGCUGGACCGAACCAUAUAUUUGUUUAUCCAUAACCGAAUUUCGUGGCUUGCGGAAAGUUUCAGUUGUAAGGUACGCGGAGUGUACGCUGAGGGUCGAUGGCUUUUUACGAUACACUAGAACAAUCUGGCCAUUGGAAAUGAGGCCUUGACUUCAACCACUAAAAGGUUUAUAGGUAGCACCGUGGUCGAACUUACUGCCUGCCUAUACUUCAUUUAUAUCGUGUUCAGAUCAGGUCGGACCCAGCACAUGGAAGAUGUUGAAACGUACUAAAGCUAUCAUAUGACAAUAGUUGACAGAUCUCAGAGAAACGAACCUGAAGAGUUUCAAUAAGCGUCAGUAUUCACACAAGUCAGAUUAGUGCAGUCUAUGGGUACACUUACUACCAUUAAGUUGUUUAUUUGCUUAGGGUAACCGCGGUCGGCUCAAUUACGGCUUUGAUUUGGUUCCUGAACAAUUUGUUAUUUAUAGUUUUUUCAAUAUACAUUGUGCGUAACGCCGUAGAAGUCUAAAAAAGUGGUAAAAUGUGGAAAACAUCAAAAUCGUGGGCAAGUCAAAUAGUAACAGAUACCUACUUUCGGAAAAAAAAACCUCUGAAAAAGAUCAGGUCCAUCAGAAAUAGCUUUUUGCUCUUUUUUUUCCAAUAUGAGAAAUUUCAGGAACGUCUGUUUUGUUUCAUGAUAAGCUUUUCCGGAACUGUCGAAAACCGCGUGGAAAUUGGUAAUAAUGCAGAACGUCGACUUCGGAAAUACGGGAAAUUCUUAAUCUCUGAAUAUUUUUCCUAUUGCGACAAAAUUAGAAAGUAACCGAUCGUGAAGCCGUUGGCAGCCAGCCAAGGAAGUUCAAAUAUAGCCAGUACACUCUGAUGGUCAAAUUCAAUCGAUGUAAGUCUGGGAUUGUAGUU